CCACCACCUCCUCGAGCACACCCAUAACCAUAUAAUGAUGCCACCAUCACAAGACUUCCUCCGCCAGCUCGACGCGCCCACCACCCCCUUCUCCUCCGCACCUCUCUCCUCCUCAAAAGGCAAGAUCCUCUACACGGACCCCUCCGGCCGUUUCCGCUUCUACUUUGCAGGCCUCAAAGGCUCAGGCAGCGCCUCCUUCCUCCAUUACGCGAUCGACGACCUCGAGCCCUCCGGCCCAGGGACGACGGGGCGGCCGAUGACCUAUUCUGUCUACGUGCGGUUGAAGAGCGAUCAGAGGCCAGACGACGAGCGCGUCAAGUUCGCCGUCGUGCGGGCAUUCAAAAACCUCGGAAACCUCUUCACGGUGGAUAUCGAUGUAUGAGCGGGGGCGAGCGAGCGAGGAAGAGAAGAAGAUACAGGCCGGGUGGGCGGCACGCGCACGCUCGCUCGCCACCACCCCGUGCCCCAUCUUGCCGACCAGAACCCAGAACCAGAACCAGAACCCAGAACCAGACGCAAUACUAUUGCCCCCUUUCCCAUCCAUCACAUCACAUCCCACCCCCUUUCCCCUACGGGUCUGAACCCCCCCCCGUCAGCGCUCGGCAGUGCCCGCGCCCUCCCCUACGCCCUGGAGGCUCGGGCACAAGCGUUAAUGGCUCAUCUAUCAUGCAUGGGCCGACCGAUACCCCCGCUUGCCGGCAACCUACCCCCCACCCCACCCCCCAAACCUUCAUCUUGUCGUUUGGACAGGCAGGCCACUCUAUUGCUAUCCUUGUGUCUCAUUCUCUGCACUCCUACUCGUUCCUCGGCCAUAUAAAUUAAAGUAUUGUACACUCUGCUAUUAUUCGCACGUACACGUAUCUGCUGCCACUUCUACUUUCUGAGUAUUUCACGCCUGUGUCUAUACAACACCAAAGCGACCGGAUCUCUGAAUAAAAUAGGUUUCGUUCCUUCCCGUGCAUUCUUCCCAGACCAAUACAGGAAUAAACACUCGUUCUGCCCUGCAUCCAAUCGGCAUGAAACAGUCCCCUACACCGCUCUUCUAUCCCUCUUUUGAACAACAAAUCUCAUGCGUUCCUCGCAAUAUUCUCCCAUUCUCGAUUCUUGUGUUCUCGACUACCGUCUCCCGCUCCUUCCUCCCGGCCACCC